AUGAUCCCUUUGGAGUGCUGCCACAAGGCUGCGGAGCAUUUGCACACAUACUUUGGACCAGAUAUGAUACAGUCGUUUAUUGGUGGCUCGCGAUGGUGGCAGAUGCGGAGUCAAUCUGGUAUACCUGCACAUUGGAUUGCUCACUAUUCAGACUACCAUCUUGUCAUGUCUAAACAUGGGCAGAAAACCAGCUAUUCGACAGAAUUGAUGCAUCGAUUCACACGCGAUUCAGCGCGUGUGAAUCCACGGCACGAGCAUCCAACAGCUCAUAUUGAUCCGAACGCAACGCGGCAGCCGGGCCGCUUCGCAAAUACCGCUGAGGAAGCUGAGCGCUUGUCACGCGUUCUCUUAUAUAUUCAUGGAGGCGCAUACUACUUCGGCUCCGUCAACACACACAAACACGUCAUUCAUCGCAUGACAACGAAGUUUGGUGGGUUUGCAUUGGCUGUAAAUUAUCGCAAAGCGCCACAAUUUCCCUUCCCAUGCGCGAUUCAAGACUGCUUGGCUGCGUAUUUGUACUUGCUAGAUCCGCCGCCUGGCGCUCUGCAUCCGCGCAUCGACCCGUCGCGUAUAGUUGUUGGCGGCGAUAGUGCGGGCGGCGGCUUAGCACUUGCACUGCUGCAGAUCAUUCGUGAUCUUGGGCUCCCCCCACCUGCCGGUGCGAUUCUCUUAUCGCCCUGGAGCGACCUGACACACUCGUUCCCGUCCAUUCUACAAAACACCAAAACGGACUAUAUUCCUCCAUACAGCUUUAUCCAUCGGCCCAGUCUGCUAUGGCCCCUUCCUCGAGAAACAGGCGCCUUUGUGCGCCGUUCACAAUCGUUUGUGCGCCGCCGCGGCCGGCAGCCAACUAGUGAAGGCCAUAUGGACAACAUCCCUUGGCACGCACGCCCGAUAUUUGUGCCGCAGCCCAAUGGGGCAGCGCCAAUCAAAAUUACAUCCCAGGUCCAGUUCUAUGCUACAAAUGCUCAGUUGCGUCACCCGCUCUGCUCGCCCGCCUUGGCAGGCAGUCUUGGUGGCCUCCCACCGCUCUACAUUAUGGUCGGUGACGACGAGGUCUUGCGCGAUGAAAUUGUCUACGUUGCACACAAAGCCGCACAUCCAAUGCGAUAUCCCACCAACCCGGACUUUGUGAAGCUCUUCCCACACACGCGCGCCGCUGCCGAGCGCUUCAAUGCGACGCCGACCAAUGUGCAUCUGCAGCUCUUUGAUGGGCAGUGCCACGUCUUUCCGAUGUUUAUGUAUACGGCUGCUGCACGCCACGCAUACCGUGGUAUGGCUUCCUUCAUCAAGCAUGUCACGGGUGCGCCGCUGAAAACAAGUGGAGCUAUUGCUAAUUCCAUGGGCAGCGCACCUGCAGGGGAGAACAAGUAUACGGCGCGAGUGCCGCUCGAGAGGCCGCAGUACUACGACCACAUGAUUCGCGAGCGUGUCGCACGAGACGGAAAAAUCCGGCCGAUGGAGCGCGAGGACCAUAUGUCGUACUUGUGCCUGGAUCCGAAAACGAUCGGUAUUAUCAAAGCUGAGACGUAUGCGCGCUUCCAUAAGGGCCAUACGAUUUGGGACAACAAGUAUCACCGCGACUUUAAGCGGAUUCGCAAGUCGCGAGCCAGGAUCGAGCGGCGUGUCCAGCGGAUCCUGGCGAAGGCUGAGUCGGAAGGCCUGUUUCGAGACAUGGGGGAUAUUGAGGCCUCGGGCACCAAAUGGACAGAUCUUGGCACUUACGGUCCUGCUGACCUGCGGGGCGAGACACCUCCCCUCUCAGCGGUGGUGGGCCGUCGUGAUACACCAGAUGCCAUGGCCCUCUUAAAGUUAGGUCUGCACUUGCGCGCGAAGCGGCGCCGCGCCUUGGGUCUGCAGGCAGUCGAAAAAGGUGCUGCUCCCAAUACGGUACCGAUACCAACCUCGCUCGCCGACGAUAUUCCUCGCCGGGCAUACUCCAUGGGCGAGCAUUACCAUACCAACCAGGAGCGGCCAGUACCGCUCGACAGGUUCGGAUGGUGGAGAAACUUGCUGGUUCGUGGUGGUCCCUUUACCAGGAAGACCAAGCCAGCAUGGGUGCAUCAGGCAGAGAAAGAGAAGCAGCGUGUGUGUGUGUCGGAGUGGGAUUAG